CUGUAGUCACCAUCGGCUUCUUGAAACUCAGAAUUUCAGAACGACAAUGGCAGCUCAGCUCAUAAGCGGGAAAGAGGUUUCAGCGCAGGUGAGGCAGCGCCUGAAGAAGGAUGUGGAGCAGAUGAAACUCAAAGAUCCAGACUUCACACCUGGUCUGGUGGUUUUACAGGUCGGAGACCGCGACGAUUCAAAUCUAUACAUCAGCAUGAAGCUGAAAGCAGCAGCAGAGAUUGGGAUCAAUGCAACACAUAUGAGGCUCCCAAAGACGGCAACAGAAGAAGAGGUUCUUCAGAGCAUCAAAGAGGUGAACGAGAACUCCUCCGUCCACGGCCUCAUCGUGCAGCUGCCUUUAGACUCAGUCCACAAGAUCGACACCCAGAAGGUCACGAACUCUGUGGCACCGGAGAAAGACGUAGACGGACUGACCAGCACCAAUGCAGGGAAGCUGUCCCGCGGUGACCWGGGCGACUGCUUCAUCCCCUGCACCCCAAACGGCUGCAUGGAGCUGAUCAGACAGACAGGCGUGACCGUGGCGGGGAAGAGAGCGGUGGUGAUGGGUCGCAGUAAGAUUGUUGGCGCGCCGAUGCACGACCUGCUUCUGUGGAGCCACGCGACGGUGACCACCUGCCACUCUAAAACUGCAGAUCUUGCUGGAGAGGUGAGCAAAGCAGACAUCCUGGUUGUCGGUAUUGGAAAAGCAGAGAUGGUGAAAGGAGAGUGGAUCAAGAAGGGGGCGGUGGUCAUCGACUGUGGCAUCAAUACCAUCACAGAUGAGACGAAGCCCAGCGGGAAGCGGGUGGUGGGUGACGUCCACUUCGCCUCGGCCAAGGAGCAGGCGGGCUUCAUCACCCCGGUGCCGGGCGGAGUGGGACCCAUGACCGUAGCCAUGCUGAUGGCGAAUACAGUGCUGAGCGCAAAACGUUUCCUGGACAGCCAUCAGCCUGGGAAGUGGGACAUUUCUUACACCAAGCUCCACCUCCAGAAGCCCGUGCCAAGCGACAUUGUGAUUUCUCGCUCCUGCGUGCCCAAGCCCAUCGACCUUCUGGCCAGGGAGGUGGGCUUGCUUCCUGACGAGGUGGAGCUGUACGGCAAGACCAAGGCCAAGGUGCAGCUGAGCAUCAUCAAACGGCUGCAGUCGCAGCCGGACGGCAAAUAUGUGGUGGUAACGGGCAUCACRCCCACUCCUCUGGGUGAAGGUAAGAGCACCACCACCAUCGGCUUGGUUCAGGCCAUGGGAGCCCACAUGAAGCUCAAUGCCUUCGCUUGUGUUCGACAGCCCUCCCAGGGACCCACCUUUGGCAUUAAAGGAGGCGCUGCAGGCGGCGGCUAUUCUCAAGUCAUUCCAAUGGAAGAGUUCAACCUCCAUCUGACUGGUGACAUUCACGCCAUCACAGCUGCCAACAACUUGGUGGCCGCCGCCAUCGACGCUCGCAUAUUCCACGAGGCCACGCAGUCCGACAAGGCUCUGUAUAACCGCUUGGUCCCAGUCAGUGGAGGAAAGAGGACGUUCUCCCCAAUCCAGCUCUGCAGAUUGAAAAAACUGGGGAUAGAGAAGACCGAUCCUUCCACUCUAACAGAUGAGGAAAUUACCCGCUUUGCCCGCCUGGACAUGAACCCAAGCUCUGUUACCUGGCAGAGAGUUUUGGACACAAAUGAUCGAUUCUUGAGGAAAAUCACCAUCGGACAGUCGCCGACUGAGAAGGGACACACAAGAGAGGCCCAGUUUGACAUCACAGUGGCGAGCGAGAUCAUGGCCGUCCUCGCCCUCACCAGCAGCCUCCAGGACAUGCGACAGCGCCUGGCCAAGAUGGUUGUAGCCACCAGCCGAGGCGGAGAGCCCAUCACCACCGAGGACCUGGGCGUGAGCGGAGCCCUGACUGUGCUGAUGAAAGAUGCCAUCAAGCCAAACCUGAUGCAGACGCUGGAGGGAACGCCUGUGUUCGUUCACGCCGGCCCUUUUGCAAACAUCGCUCACGGAAACUCGUCCAUUCUGGCUGAUAAAAUCGCCCUGAAGCUGGUCGGACCCGAGGGCUUUGUGGUGACGGAGGCCGGGUUCGGUGCCGACAUCGGCAUGGAGAAGUUCUUUAACAUCAAGUGCCGCUACUCGGGCCUGAGGCCCCACGUGGUGGUUCUGGUGGCGACAGUUCGGGCUCUGAAGAUGCACGGUGGAGGACCAACGGUCACUGCUGGGAUGCCACUGCCUAAGGAAUAUGUGGAGGAGAACCUGGAGCUGCUGAAAAAUGGCUGCAGCAACAUGAAGAAACAGAUAGAAAAUGCCAAACACUUUGGUGUGCCGGUGGUGGUGGCUGUCAAUGCUUUCAUGACGGACACAGAGGCUGAACUGGACUUGGUCUGCAGCCUGGCCAAAGGUUCCGGAGCUUUUGAUGCGGUCCGAUGCUUCCACUGGGCUGAAGGUGGAGCCGGCGCCGUGGCCCUCGGUCAGGCCGUCCAGAGGGCCAGCGAGGCCCCCAGCAGCUUUAAAUUCCUUUAUGAUUUAGAGCUUCCUGUUGCUGACAAGAUUCGGAUAAUCGCUCAGAAGAUCUAUGGAGCCGAUGAUAUUGAGCUUCUUCCUGAAGCCCAACACAAGGUGGAGCUGUACACCAAACAGGGCUUUGGUAACCUUCCGAUCUGCAUGGCCAAGACACACUUGUCUCUGUCUCAUGAGGCAGAGAAGAAAGGCGUGCCCACCGGUUUUGUGCUGCCGAUUAGAGACAUCCGAGCCAGUGUGGGCGCUGGUUUCCUCUUCCCGCUGGUUGGAACCAUGCCCACAAUCCCCGGUCUGCCCACCCGACCCUGUUUCUACGACAUCGACCUGGACCCUGAGACUGAGCAGGUCAGCGGGCUCUUCUAAAGGAACCUCCUCUGCUCUGGUUGGUGGUACUAAAGACUAAACAUUCCUGACGACCCCCCCCCCCCACACACACACACACACACACACACACACACACACUGGACGAGUUCUGACUGGAGGUGCCUCGAGUUGCUGCUGCUCGCGUGUAAAGAUGUGCUUUUCCACGAAAGCUGUGAGACAAUGAGUCCAGAACCAGUCCAGACAACAGUCUUUGUUGUCUGAGACGAGCCGUUCUGCUGAAAUCACAAACUCCUCCGUUAAAUUUCUGACUUAUUUUCAAAGAUAACUUUUUAAACAAC